AUGCAUUCACUCGAGAAACUGAUCGCAGCAGAAUGUGGAACCAGUCUCUAUUCACAGCCGGAAUCAAUGCCGGGUGUCACUCAGAUCAAGACCGGUAGUCUCGAGGAGACAAACAUCCCAAUCGCGGUGGAGCUGUUUGUGACACGCCGUCGGGACUAUGUCUCUCCCGUUGAAAAUGCCAAGCAAGUCUUGAGAUGCCUUGAAGCAGCCUUUUCAUCGGGCAGUCACGGUUGGCGACUUUAUCUCAACGGAAGCACUAGAUAG